CACCAUCAAUACACUACAUUUCCCUUUCUAGAUGUUACCAUGUCGUACGAUGGCACCGUAACCCUUAUCGCCCCUGAAGUGUGUAACAACCAAGCCAAGCCCCAUCGGACCAUCUAAACCUCCCGUGUCGCCCCACGUGGAGUGUCUUCCGCCUUUUCUAGGCCGCGCAUUUCCUCCAUGUCGACAUUCCUCGUCCAUCACUCUCGUUCACCCUCGUUAACACUAGUUAAUCAUGCCUUCGGUCGUCGAAACCGCCUCGCCGCACCUUCGAGUGUCCGCAGCCAAGGCGUCGUCCGCACCGGCCACAGAAGCCCCCUCCACCAGAAUCACGCCGCCGGAGACCGCCUCGGUCGAGGACCACUUCUUUUGGACAUACACAGAAGAGCCACACCGUUCAAGGCGACAGGCAAUUAUCAAGGCUCAUCCAGAGGUCACCAAACUGUGCGGUCCUGAGCCAUUGACGAAAUGGGUCGUUCUCCUCGUUGUGUCCAUUCAAUUGACAUGCGCGUAUCUCCUCCGCAAUACCUCCAUCCUUGACUGGCGGUUCCUGGCUACGGCAUACGUGGUUGGAGCUACGGCGAACCAGAACCUGUUCCUCGCUAUUCAUGAAAUCUCCCACAACUUGGCCUUCCGGUCACCCCUGGCCAACCGGGUGCUAGCCAUCUUCGCAAACCUCCCUAUCGGACUACCAUACAGUGCUGCUUUCCGGCCCUACCACCUCACCCACCACAAAUCCCUCGGCGUAACCGGUCUAGACACUGACCUUCCAACCGCCCUCGAAGCCUUCUUCCUGAACUCCCUCCUCGGCAAAACAUUCUUCUGCACCUUCCAAAUCCUCUUCUACGCCGUCCGCCCAAUGUUCAUCUACAGCCCACCCUUCACCUCAAUCCACCUCCUCAACCUCACCGUCCAAUUAUCCUUCGACUACGCCCUCACCCGCUUCACCGGCUCCCUCCAACCAUUCUACUACUUCAUCGCAAGCUCUUUCCUAGCCGGAUCCCUACACCCCUGCGCAGGCCACUUCAUCGCCGAGCACUACUUCUUCUCAAACGUGAAAACGGGCGGCACGGAGUCCCUCGCUCAACUCAAGCAAAAGCCCGGUGCUAAAGUCGAUGCCUCGCAUCCUCUGAGCGGCCUCGCCCCGCCGGAGACGUACUCGUAUUACGGCCCGUUGAAUAUUCUGACGUAUAACGUGGGCUUGCACAACGAGCAUCAUGAUUUCCCUGCUAUCCCCUGGACGAAAUUGCAUAAGUUGCAUGAGAUUGCGAAGGAGUUUUAUGAACCUCUGCCAUGCCAUCGGAGCUGGGUUUGGGUUAUUUGGACGUUUAUCCUGGAUAAGAACGUUGGUCCGUGGUGUCGGGUGAAGCGUGCUCAAGGUGGACGUGUUGUUGGGGGUGGGGGUUCUGGGAAAGCGUCGAAUGGACGUGGUGGUGAAGGUAUCUCAGCUGAGUCGGCGGGUCCGGCUGGUGAGGAGGGUGAUGGGUGGAAAGAGAGCGAGAUUCAGUGUUAGCUAAAUGCGUGUUUUUCAAACCGGGUCUCAGGAUGAGAUUUUGUGACAAUAGACUCGAAUCAAAAUGGGGUUUUUUUGUUAAUUUUCCAAAUUGUGAAUUGUUUUGAGACCCUUGUCGAGUUUGUAUGGUUCGUAGUGGGAAACUGAGCUAAAAGACAUGAUGUUCGACUGGUGGAGAAGGUUGUCGUGAAUUUAUAUCGAAGUAACCGGGCUAAAGACACAACUGUGUUUACGGCCUUCAUCGGUGUGAAAAAUCCUCCUUUACUAAGAGAAUUACUAUCCGAGCAUACUGAUGGAAGCAACGAUUUGGAUUAUCUUCCAAGGUUCGAUUAUCGUUUAUUAUGACACAAGAGAGAAUCGAAGCACUUAGUCCGUUCAUCAUAAGAUAUUAGACAAGAGAGAAAAUGUAAGGAAAAAGCCAGGGGGGCAGAACUGAAUGGGACCAAGGGGCUUCGAACUCGUCGAGCGCCGCACACGAGACCGGGUAAAAGAACAAGAGAGGUAUGGAUACCGGGUGAGAGGAAAGGAAAGGGAACCAAGGGAAAGGAAGACACAGGACAGGAGGGCUGAUGCUGGAAUCAAAACGGCAGACUCUUCGAGAGAUACGGGAAAAGUAGAGGAGGCUCGGGGGGGUUAAAUAAGCGGGAGAAAGGCGUUGAGACGUGAUCGGGUUCGUAAACACAAUGGACACCACGUGGGCAUGGUCCAUCCACGCAACGAGUCUAAAAGAAGAAGUAGGCGAUCAAAAAGCUGAUUAGGCACAGCCCGGCAACGACUUGAACGGAGACUCCAGAAUCGGUCUGUCCGUGUGACUGCUGCAUCGUUGUAGGGGCGGCCGGCGCCUCGCCGCCAGUCUUUCGCUGGCGCAAGCCCUCAUCUGCGAGCCGGUCCUUGAGCCGUUGGAUCUGUGCGUUAGCGUCCGCAAGCUGGCUCUUCAAUUCAUCACUGGAGGGGAAGGCGCUGGCCACGGCGGCCUUGGCGUUGGAAAAGGAGGCGCUGGACUCGGUGGGCGGGGUGGACUCGGGCUGGGUGGACUUCUCGGAGAAAUUGGGGGCGGGGAUGGGAGAUGGUUGAUCGACGGAGCUCUUUUUCGCAAGACCGACGGCAGGGGUCUCGUAGUUACCACCGGGGGAAGUGUAUGCAGGGGGUUCCUCCUCC